AAAAAGUUUGUGUAACUUUUCAACGCAUCGAUCGAUCUUAUCAAGUAUUAAAAAUGCCUUAAAAUCGAUAUACAUAUCGAACUAAAAUGAAUAUAAAUCUCGACAGGCCUACUUUGACGUCCAAAUGAUGAAAUGACGCAGUUCACGAAAUGUUAUGAAAUAGAUAAAAGUGCCCUUAAUCAUAUUUCAAAUAGUUUUUCCACAUGAUUCUUUUCUUUAGUAUAAAAACGUCACACGAUGUGUGCUCAUGAACUCCUAAUGAAAUUAAUAAAGAUGAACACUCCUUAUCUUUUAUGAUAGUUUCUUAAAUAGUACAAUGGACUUCCUUGUGGGCGGUGUAGCGGGAGUGGGUGCUGGUUUCUUCAGCAACCCAUUUGAUGUUGUGAAGACUCGAAUGCAGCUCCAAGGCGAGCUUAGAGCCAGAGGUCAGCAUGCAGUCUAUUACAAAAACAUUCCACAUGCAAUGUAUACAAUAGUGAAACAUGAUGGAAUAAUAGCACUGCAGAAAGGUUUGGUGCCAGCUCUAUGGUUUCAGUUGGUUGUUAACGGAGUAAGGCUAGGAAUAUACCAACAAGCAGAUAACCAUGGCCUUCUAAGAGACAAGCAAAACAAUACUAAAUUCCUAAACAGUUUACUUUUUGGAUGCAUAAGUGGUAUGUCUGGAGCCUUCUUUGGCAGUCCAUUACAGCUUGUGAAGACUCAAUUGAUGUCAUAUUCUUCGGAUAAAAUUGCUGUUGGCACACAACAUGCUCAUAAUGGGAUGUUCUUUGCUCUAAGUAAGAUAUACAAGAAGAAUGGCCUAUCUGGUUUAUGGAGAGGAGCCCAUGGAAUGAUGAUGAGAAACUCAAUAGGAUCGGCUGCCCAGAUAUCUUCAUAUGCUGUAUGCAAAGAAUGGAUGGACAAUAACAACAUGUUCCAACAAUCAAAAUACCUCUCUGCAUUUGUUGCAAGCAAUAUCGGUGCCCUCGUGAAGACUGUAUGGUUAACACCCAUGGAUGUUAUAAUGACCAGACUGUAUAAUCAAAACGUGGACGCUAGCGGCAAUGGCGUCCUCUACAAAGGUAUAAUAGACUGCGCUCAGAAGAUAACCAAAACUGAAGGGAUCCCGGCCUUCUAUAAAGGUAUGGGCCCUUCGUACUUACGGCAAGCCCCGCACACAGUGCUACUGCUAGUAUUCUGGGACAUCCUCAAAGAUCUACAAAAAAAAAUAACGAACGAAUCUAAUAUUAUAAAAAACGAAAAACGAUUGAAAAGUUAAUGUGUCAAAUUAGAAUAUCGUCUUUCACUUGCUUGUGAUGUUUUACAUAUGGAGGGUAGAGGUAAAGAGAACCGUCUCUGAGUGUAAAAAGUGUCCGUUAAAAUCUGCUAAAUGAGGGUGGCGCUACAGUAGCAACCGGGUAAAUUUUAAGAAUGGCGCUGAAAGUUAUUAGAAUAAGAUAGAGAAAUAAAAAAGGACGAAAGAACUGUAAGCACUACAAAAUCACAAAAAGUAUUUUAUUUAAAGCUGAUGAGAAAAUGCAAUCGAUGUCUCCACGUUUUACCACAGCAAUAAUUUUAGGUUAUAUUGACGAAAUUAAUUUAGACUACGUAAACAUGUGAGGUCUUGUAUAUUACACUGUCGCUAACUACUCUAAUCAUUAAAUAUAUUAAAUUUCCUAACUCGGCGUACUUCAAUCAGUUAACAACUGCUCAAUUCAUAUUAUACCUUGUGCCUAUGCUAGCGCCAUUCUGGAGGAUUUUUGAACUGUUAUUUAGUGCUGAAAGUGGGACACUUUUUCAAGCUUCCUCCCAUAUGAGACUGUUCUCCUUACCUCUACCCUCCAUAGUUUUACAGCAUUGUCUUACAGCAAUACAACUUAGACUUAAUAAUUUUUGGGCUGUUCUUUCGAUACUAGGUUUGAACUCUUACAGGUUCAUACAUACACUCAAGUAGUUUACAACCAAGCCUUUUUGCCGCCCAAAUUUUAGACUUGAAACAAAAAAUCUGAUUUAGUACUUAGCAUUUUUAUAUUAUAUAUUGUAUUAUUUAUUUAUUUUAAACGUCUACAAUCCUUUAUGCAUCAAUAGGUGUUCAUAGUUCAUUUAAUAUUACAGUUUACCAAAGGUCACUUUGAUACGGCGUGUCAAAUAUUCAAAUAUAAACUGAUAUAAAAUACUACAUACUACAUGUAUUUAAUCAGAAUAUUGUAGUUAUUGGAUCUAUCGAUAUCUAUCUAUCUUUCAGUCCACAUAGGUCCAAUGCUGGACAUAGGACUAGCUCAGCCUCACCAUAAAAACUAUGAAAACCUAAACCUAAAAUAUGAUAAGUAGUGCAAAAAUAAUGUUGAAGACAAACAUAUGGUUCGGUCUUCACAUAUAAUAAAAUAGCUUUAAUAGGUAGUUCAAAGUUAAAUACUCUACUUGAAGAAUAAUUCAAAACUUGACAGUUAUAAAGUGUGGUUAUAAAAGCAGGAAGUAAUCUGUGUCAUUUAACACCUCUAACAAUAUUUGAUUUCAAAAUCAGCAUGUCAAAAUGCAACGGCAAUCAACUUAAAAAGUAUAUCGCGCGUAUAUAAUAAGUAAAAUAUAGUAUAUUAUAAUACUUUGAACACCGAGGUAUUAUAAAAUGUAAUUCGUUUUACAGAAUCUCAAAGAAAUUUAAAAGCUUAUUAAAUUACUUAAAACGGAUUAUUUUAAAUCAGAUAACAUGAAAGGCUUGCAGUUAGAAUCAUUAUGCUUCAUCAAAUAACCAGUGUAAUCCACGCGAUUUCUUUAUCAAGAUAUUAGUGGGCCUUUAAUUUAUAGUUGGAACAUUUGAGGCUCGCAACGAAUAUUUUAAGUUGUACAUGAGUAUAUAAGUGACUUUAACGGUUUUAUUGAUAUCCAUGCGACCUUUAAAAUAAAAUUUCGUUAAUAAAAUAUAUCAAAAACAUACGUAGUCGUAACUGCUGAAAAAAAAAUCUCGAACAAUGUCGUUAACAGUUUUAAAAAAAAACGAUCAUUUUUGUCGAUACUUGUCUUAGAAUUGACUUAAUUGAUUUUAAAAGCUGAAUCUCUGUGACUGCAGAGCACAUGCUAAUACUAGCCGCUACUGUAUCAUACAGUAUGUUUUUUUUUUUUUAAGUAUCAACGCUUCAUUAUGUAUAGAUAUAUCUCUAAUUAUGAUCAAACAACACUAAAGCUUUUAUGUGAUUGUAAUUUUAUUUUAAUUCUAUAUAUAUCAGUGUAUUGAAUAAUCUAGCAUUCUUUAAUGGAUUUUAAAAUUCAUAAAUUCUUAGUUCAAUAAGUAGCUCGAAGUGGUUGCGCCAAUAUUGUACAUCGCCAAAUUUUUAUCGCAUACUCAGUUCUCACAGAUCUUUCUAUGUGAAAGGAUACGCAAUUUUGAUUUUAUUUAAUAAGGCUCCCUUAUUAAUAUUGUUAUUAAUAAUAAUAAUAAUAAUAAUGGACGAAAUCAAAAUCAUCACAAUCACAAAAGCGCUUGAAAAAUAUUCAUUCAUAGAUCUUAUUGAAGAUGUAAUCAGAUCAUAUAGUUCAGAUCUAUAAGUAUAAUAUAGAUAGAUAUAAUUACCAAGUAUAUUAGAUUAGUAUUGCAUUAGUACCUGUGAUAGAAUAGCCUGCCGUUAGUUACGCAAAUCAGUGUAUGAAAAAAGUAUUAUUAUGAUUCCUAUAAUUUUUUUAAUAGAAUCUAAUUAGUCUGUAGUCUCGUAAAUUACAAUCUCAUAAUAUAUUAAAGUGAAUAUUUAGCAUUUAACUGAAAGUACAAAUCGAUAAUUUUUAAUAGCUGAACCCAAAUUACGAUUAUUUUUUACUUGUUACAAUAUGAAAACUGUAAAUGAUGUACAGAUUUACCGUCAAAGUAUUUUAUGAAUAUUAGAAAAAAAUAUAUAGAACCAUUAAAAUUAAUCAGAAAUAUUUAUUAAAGACCAUAAGGACGUGAUACAUGAUACAAGGAUAUGAUAUGUUGAUAAUAAUUUAAUAUCCAGAUGUUGGUCAUAAUUAAUAAUCGUACUACAUAAAACAUAUGUCAAUAAUAGACUUAUUCACGUAAACCAUAGUUUUAUUAUCUAAGAUUCCGACAAUUAUCUACAGAAGGUAAUCAACCUUACGCAAUUCAGAUAAGUAUUUUUUUACAAUACAGACUUCAACUUAAUUCAGAAUACAUUUUCAAGAUGAGAUUAUUUGAUUAUUAGUCAACUUUUUUAUCUGUUUUAUUUAGUACAUAAUAUACGCCUAAGGCAUCCAAAUACAACGUUCCUAAACAUCAAAGCUGUUACCUAUAAAGUUUAAAAUUUUAAAACGCAAUACUUUUUAAUUAUUUUAAAUUAAAGAUCCAUAUUUUAUUAAUAGAUAGUUCAUUCGUAAAUAGCAGAUUGUAAUUUAAACAAAAAAACAUAUGCUUUCAAAUGUUUUCCGAAUUUCCCGCCGAAAUACUCGAAACUGUCAUUUGACGUUAAACGUCACAUUUACCUAAUGUCGGUUGAUGUAAUUAACAGAACCUUUCACUGUAAUCUUGAAAAGUCACGUGUAAUGUAACAAAGUUGCGUUCACUCUCGCUCUAGUAACGUGCGGCAAUUUUUGUUGAUUUGUUGUUGAGUUGAUUCUUUGUUAAUUUCCGGUGUGAGCUAUUUAUUAUUAGAAUUGUUAACUUUUAUACCAAACACGAAAAUCUUUGGUCGUCUGCAAAACUAUUUACAAAAAUAUUUGUUAAUAUUUUUAUGUUGUUGAAUAGUGUUUAAGUUGUUAAUAGCCGAGCUAAUUGAAUAAAAUUGUCAAUAUAACUAUAUUGUUGUGUUGUAAUUUUAUAUGUUAAAUAAAUUUGUUGAAUCAUA